UGCUUCUGCCAUAAAAAAAGUUCAAACACACUUAGACAUAAACACAACAUCAUUGUUGUUACGUCUGGUCUGGAAUUUGUGGAAUUUGUAUUCUGCGGAUUAGCGUAAAUUUGCUAAAAAUAUUUGAAAGGAAAUCGGGCAACGACAUUGUAAACAUGCAGGUUUUAAUAGCCGAAUCGAAUAUGGCAAAUAGUUUUGCUGCUGAAGAUCUUACAAGUACGAGUCGCAUUAAGAUUAACAGCUCAUAUAAAGAGCACGGGUGCAUCCGGAAACAAAGUUCGGUAACUCAUUCCAAAGCUGGGAGCGAACAAACUUUUCCAGGUGUAUCCCGCCUGACGCCAACGCUAUAUUUAUGUGGAGCCGCGGCAGUGCCCGAACAACUUGGACAGUUGGGCGUUCGACUCGUUGUAAACGUAGCACCCGAGCUCCCAGACACUCCCCUGCCUAGAGAUGAUCCUCCACUGUACCUUCGUAUAAAUGUGCAAGACCGCUCGGAGGUCGAUUUUUUGAAAUAUUUUAAUGAAGUAGCCGAUCUAAUUGAGGAAGUGCGUCGCACUGGUGGGAGCUCUCUUGUUCAUUGCGUGGCGGGUGUCAGCCGUUCCGCAUCACUCUGUUUGGCAUAUCUAAUGAAGCAUGGCGGCAUGAGUCUACGUGACGCCUACACACAUGUGAAGUCCAUUCGUCCACAAGUACGACCUAAUUCUGGAUUUUUUCAACAACUGCGUGAAUUCGAAGUGCAGUUGCGUGGCGUCAGUUCAGUCGAAAUGAUUUAUUUCGCAUCUUUGGACAAGGAGAUACCCGAUGUCUUGGAGCCAGAAUAUAGAUCCAUGGAAGACUUUUAUAAACGGUAUCGAAACGCGCUUAAGAAACGCUAAAAUCAUGUUUGCGGUAAAUUGUAGUACGUUUGUGAUAAGUGGAAUUAAAUAUAUAAGUAUGUAUAUAUGUAUGUAUGUAUAUGUAACUGGCAUAAUGUUUUAGAAGUAAAACCUAUUAGUUCGUAAAUGUUCAUUGCUGAAAUAUACUUUUACGAUAUGAUUCA